AUGAAUAGUUUCGUAUCAAGCAUUUCUAUCAUUGUCUUAUUGGUUUUAGCCAUCCAUGGCCUUGACGCAUGGAAACAAGAAUCAUUAUCCAACAAUGGUCAAAAACGCUCGGAUAAACGUAUUUUCAAACGACAAGUUGCCGGAUUGUUCCCAUCUGUAACGGGCAAUGCAGGAUGUGAUUAUACAGCAUCACGUACUUGCGAAGCAUAUGCUUAUGGGCUCAGUCAAAGCGGUGUUCAACUUCAAAGAACAAUUAGCUACGUUCAACAACGUAAAUUAUUCGUUGGUGGUCUUGUGUCUCUAUCAUCCCUCCAAAAUGGUGGCAUGUGUGUUCCAAAUACAAACUUAUUUACAGCCAAUGCUUUUUCAGCCAUUGAUCUAGGCCAUAUCACACUCCCACAACUUGCCACACUUAACCUCUUUCCCGUGCAAACCGUUGAUUCAAAUGUUUUACUUAAUGCCGGUUAUAUUGGUACAUACGGUCAAACAAAUCUACUUACUGCAUUAGGUGUUCAAGCUAGUAUUUUUGGUCACAUUGUUCCAUCGCAACUUCAAUCAUUGAAUUUAUAUCCAUUACAAGGUGCAAGUCUUACAUCUGAAACACUUACUCAAGCUGGCUAUUUAACAUCUGAUUGUGUUCCAACAGCACUCGGUAUUUCUGCUUUACAUAUUCGCUAUUUAUCCAAUGCUAAUUUUGCUUCACUCGGUUGUCCAUUCAAUGAUUAUUCACAAGUAUCAGUUUCACAAUUGUCCACUGCUAAAUAUGUUUAUGGUGCAUCGAAUAUUUUAACACCCGUCGGUUUAGCUGCUAUGCGAACGGGCUUAUUUUCAAGAGAAAUCUAUCAAAAUCUUGGCGUUUUCCCAUUCGGUAUGGGUGCUCAAGCUCAAUCAUCUGAAUAUGUUUACCAAGAACAAGUACAAACGCAAUCAUCAGUUGUUCUCAACGAUCUUGUUCAUGUUGGCUAUUUACAACCAAGCAACUAUUUAUUAACUGGUGCUGCUUACUAUGCUAUUUCACGAGAAUAUUUCUCCAUUGAUCAUUUCCGUAGUUUGAAUUUAUGGCCAUGUACCGCAACGCCAUCUAUGAAUAUGUUUGUUGCUGCUGGUUAUGCAACAUAUAGCGGUCAUUUAACAGGACUUGGUUAUUCAUUAUUACAUGCUCAAUACUUUCCAUCUGAAUGGCUUCCACGACUUGGCAUCAAUGUUAAUGAUGACUUUCAUAUAUUUCACCAAGCUUUACGUUUUGGCGGUUACUUCCGAUCGGACUAUCAUGUUGCACAUAGUUCGCUUCAUACUACUGCUAUUAAUACAAAUGUCGAAACCGCACAAGUUGGCUCAUAUCGAACAGCAUCAGGCUUAGGUGUUGCAAAUGCUAUUGACAAUGGAAAUGUUUUCUAUGGCAAUAAAUAA